UGUACUUGGAUGCAUCAUGCGGAGAAGAUGAUUCUCACCAGAAACGCUAUCUUGCAUUGCAUACAUAUAAUGUCUGCCCCUUUUUGCGUCUCUUUUCUCUUUGUUUCUGGUUUUUCCGUCUCGUUUUGUUUACUUGGCCCUGUCUUCGUCCCUUACAGUAGAACAGGAAACGUCUGAGAGCGUCUCAGUUUCAGCACAACAUUGAUGAGAGCCCACAGUCUGUAUCAUCCAUUAUCAUGGUCCGUAUUAAUGUUGAACUGUAUGACUGUGCCACCUCGUACAACGACAUUACCGUUACCGUCUGACAGGCCUCUCGUCAUCUCGUGUAUAGGUAGACAGGCACAAUCUAACCAUUUCUGGUUGUAUUAUGAACUACUGUCCAUAGCGGCAGAGGCCUCGAGAGCUGAACUUAUUCCCGGGUGCCAAAAUGAAGUCUAUAAAGAGGCCUCUAAACCCGGGCUAGGCUACCUAAAUCUUUUUGUCAGCUAGACCUGAGG